UUUUAGAAAAUUUGAUUACAAUAUGACUUCAUUUACCAUCCUAUUGGAUUGUACCAAACAAAAGAAUAGGAAUGGCUAUUCUAUUCCACACUCCAUUCCAGUGUUUCAACCAAACUAAGGAAUAGGAAUUGCUAUUCCAUUCCACACUAUUCUAUUCCCAAGAAUAGCUAUUCCUUUUCCUGAUGGAAUAGUCAUUCCGCGAACCAAAUGAGCCUUUACUUCUCACUUUUUUUUUAUAGCAUAAUAUGUGCUUCUCACAUGCUUAAAGAACACAUAUUACUUUUUAAAUGCUCGAUUGUAGAAACUAGUUAACCAAAGUGUCUCCUAAUAAACAAAACACUAGAAACAAAAGCUCUCAUCACCCACAACUAUCUCAUGUCUCGGCCCACAGCUUCAUCUGCAACUCUCAACCGACCCCAACCUCUACUCACCCCAAUAACCCAUGGGCCCAAACCCUAUUGGUCAAACUCUCCAUAUAAAACCUGCCCAUCAUCUUUCUCUUUCUUAUACCUAUCUCAUUCUCCAUUGCUAUGGUGUCCUAGAUCAAAUACUAUUGACAAGAAGAACGGCCAAUCCACCAAUCUACUCCAGUUCUUACAAGCAAACAAGAUGGACAAAUCUGGGCUCAAAAUGGCUUUUGGAUGGCUAAAACAACGUAGAGGAAGAAUGAAGGGAAUAUCUGAGGCAGGCGAGGGUGUUUGCUUCGGCCGAUAUGCUCUGCAGGCACUUGAACCAGCAUGGUUAACAGCGAAACAGAUAGAAGCAGGACGGCGAGCAAUCACGCGGAACGUGCACCGCGGCGGCGGAAAAGUAUGGGCGCGUACAUUUGCCCACAAGACGGUUACAGGAAAACCCGCCGAGACGCGUAUGGGGAGAGGGAAAGGAGGUGUCAAAUAUAGCGUUGCUGUAGUUCAACCGGGCAAAAUCCUUUACGAAAUGGGCGGAGUCGCCGAAAAUAUUGCCAGAAAGGCCGUUUUAGUUGCGGCAUCCAAGAUGCCCAUACGGACUCGAUUCAUUGUUGACUCCCUGACACCCUCAAGAGGCAGUGGCUCGAAGCAUUAAGAAAUGGUGCAAGGUAUGCAAUUAGAAGUCAGAGAGAGAAAAUUUUGAGGAAGUCUUGCUACAUGAGUGGAAUAAAUUGAAUUGUGAAAUUAUGAAAUCUUAAAUUAGUAUUACACUUCUUUUUUUAAUGGGAAUGGGAUAUCACAUUGCAUACAAGUU